AUGACUGAGGGAGUUUACCUCGGCUGCUACAACGACCGGAAGCUCAACAGCAGUCGCCUGCUGCCUGUGUUCCUCGCGUACAACAAGCAAUUUGUGACGCCGUUGAGGUGUGCGAGCCUCGCACGUGCUGCAGGCCUGAAGCUGUACGGUGUGCAAUUCCGGGGCCAGUGCUAUGGUGGUAACGACCUGGUGCUGGCUACGUCUCUUGGCACGAGCGCUGCCUGCACCAUGAACUGCACAGGCGAUAACUCCCAAAUCUGCGGGGGUCCCUGGUCAAACAGCUUGUACUCGCUCAUCGCCUCCCAAGAGCUUGGGCACCGCACGAGGCCAUUUGGCAGGUGUAGUAGCUGGCCGCUGAAAAAGCCUCCUGAGAUGCUGGUGGACACGCUUAGCACGUAUUUGUAG